AUGGGGGGUCUCGUCAGCGGCUGUGUCACCUGGUCUCAUCAAGGGGAGGAAGAGGUUAACGAGGGAGCUCCACCACCACGCAGCUUGGCAUCUAUCGACAGAGAAGGCAAACAGGAUGGACUUUGCCUCGACUCCCUGCAGAGUCUCUCAGACAGUGGACUACGCAGCCCGCAAUGCCGAAUCUGCUUCCAGGGAUCCGAGAAGGGAGAACUACUAAGCCCCUGCCGCUGCGCCGGCUCAGUGCGCUUCACUCACCAAGCUUGCCUUAUCCGCUGGAUCAGUGAAAAAGGCUCCUGGAACUGUGAGCUCUGCUACUUCAAGUACAGGGUCCGUUCUCUUUACACCAAGAACCCUCUGCAGUGGCAAGCGGUCUCGCUGUCCUUGAUAGAAAAAGUGCAGAUCUCAGCCAUCAUCCUGAGCACUGUGUUCCUCCUGACCAGCAUGGCCUGGCUCAUAUGGUCUGUUGUCAGUAUCGAAGCAAAAUGGCAGCGGCAGGACUUUGUAUUUCAGAUAUGCUAUGGCUUGUACGGCUUCAUGGACUUGAUUUGUACAGGACUUCUAAUCCAUGAAGGUCCGUCUGUUUUCCGAAUUUUAAAGCGCUGGCAUACAAUCAACCAUCACUGGAAAGUUCUGAAUUACGAAAAAGACAGAGACAUGGUUGACACAGUCACUAACAGAAAGGCGGAAGGCAGCGAUGAAGGCACAGACGACGGACAGGAAGCGACUCGGCAAGUCAGGACUUCUGUACAACAACACUUGGGCAAUUCUGUUUCUUACGUCUUCAACCAGCUAAGGCCUAAUAAUCUUCACCACGCCAACCAUGACGAGGUCAUGAGGGUAACCACUGUAUAAAUUACACCUGAAGCACAAACACCAUUAUUUUCCCUUCCCUUACAAAUGUUAACAUUUGCACACAGAAGCAAAUAUUUUGUCUGAAAACUCUUAAAACAUUAUUUAUUGUUUAUUAACUUUUCUUUUGCUGACAGGACCAAUGAUUGGCAAUUGUUUUAUGAAGGAAAGGAUGCAUUUUGUUGAAAAUUAAAGUUCAGUUAAUUAUUUUACUGAUUGAAAUGGUUUGGCU